CAGGUAUAGCGUCGAUCGCCGCCGACGUGGAAUUGUGUUGUUUGAAGCACCCACUUGACCCAACAUGUGAUGGCGCCAGCAUAUUAGAUGAUAUAAAAAAAGCUUUUACGUGCUUACAAAAGCUUGGCUACCGGUUUCCAUACUUCCACUACUUGCUCACACCCACUUGGCGAAGUUUUGAGAAAACGAUGGAUGACUUCACAGAGCGCACAUAUCGACAUAUCGAAGCAGCAGCUCGUCGUAUAGAUGAUGAAAAGCUGGGGAGCCACCCAACUAUUCUUCGAAGCCUGCUGCUUGAAAAAAAGUUGACAUUUGGUGAAAUCUUCACAUUCACUAGCGAUUUAAUACUCGCAGGCGUUGAUACCACCGCUUUUGCAGCGACCUGCUUGCUGUUCCAAUUAGCGAGGAACCAAGAAGCUCAGAAGAAAGUGCGCCAAGAAUUUCAGGCUACUGUUCAGGAAAAGUCGGGUUUCGUGGUGCCUGAACAACUGGAUAACAUGCCGUUCCUGAAGGCUUGCCUUAAGGAAAGCCUAAGGUUGAACCCGCCUUCACCUGGAAUCUACAGAUUAUUAGACCACGAUGUUGUGAUGUCCGGUUACGUGGUGCCGGCUGGGGUGCCUAUCUUUAUAGAUUACUACGUCGCUGGACGCGUCACUGAAAAUUUCGACAAUCCGGAGCUUUUCUUGCCUGAGCGCUGGCUGAAAAUGCAGCGGAGCGAUUUGCACUCCGACAGAUACGCCUCCCUUCCGUUUAGCUUUGGACCACGCAUGUGCCCUGGUCGAACAAUAGCGGAACUCCAGUUGUGCUUGCUUGUAUCCAAGAUUUUGCUCAAGUACAAGGUUCACUGUGAGAAAGAAGACAUCGGAUUUCAUCGACGUUUGGGAAAUGUACCAAAUGACUCAGUCGACUUUUCUUUUGAAAAGCUUCCUUAGCCCGCUUUCCCGCAA